GACCUGUGUUACCCGCUCUUUCCUUUCUCUAUUUCCCGCCAAGACCUCUCUCGCCGCAUUUCCUUCCUCUCUUCCGUUCCGGUAGCUCCGUUCUCCGAUCUCCGAUCUCUUCUGCUAAGCAGGAACUUCUUUUCCACUCUAUCAGUAGGUAUGGACAUGGAAAUGGACAUUCCCCUCCCUGAAGAGAUGGAAUGGCUCGAAAAUCAAGCUUUUCAAGAAGAAGACGAAGAAGACUUCUACUACCCUGAAGAAGAAGAAGAUGAGCAAGAACAACUUCCACAGAAACAGCAACAGAGACCUCCAGAGCCUUCUCAAACGUCUCCACCCAAUACAUCAAUUGCUACCUCCCUGUCUAAAUCAAGCUCCGUUGCCAAUCACUCUGCACUUCCCGAAAACCAGAUCAACGGCAAGAAGCGGCAGUGGGCUGGAGCGGACGGCACGGAUGCAUCGUCUACCGGCAAGGCGCCAUCAGAAGAGAAACGGAAUAGAGUUGCUCCUCAUGAGCCUGGAAUGGACGAGGGUUGGCUUCGGUAUUCGCCGUCGAAGGAGAGAGCCGAUGUGGCACCGGCGGUUGUUGAACAGGAGAAGUUUAUUUCUCGGUUUGCAUCGGAGAUUGAGGGAGACUGCAUUUCGAUAACUGGACCUUCCGGCGACAGGGUUUAUGCUAAGAUUAAUCGUUUCGAGACAAAUGAUGUCAAAAGGUUAAGCAUAGACGGACAUGCGAACGGUCUGACUUUGGAGCCAAUUGGUAUUCUAAUGGAAAGAGCAGAACAAGAGGCUUUCACAAAGGCUUUGCAAGUAAGCUCUGCAUCUCCUGGUGAUUCUAUCCUUCCUGAAAUGCCAGUCGUUACUGAACAACUUUGGGUGGAUAAAUAUGCUCCAAAUUCGUUUACUGAGCUUCUAAGUGAUGAACAGACAAAUCGUGAGGUCCUCCUAUGGUUGAAGCAAUGGGAUUCCUGUGUAUUUGGAUCUGAAAUUAGGAGCACUACAGAUGAUGUAUUGUCUGCUUUGAGAAGACACUCUUCACGUACUCAACAAAAAAAACCCUCUAACAUGGUUCCUAAUGGAAAGAAUAAAGGAUUCCAUUUGAGCAAUAGAACAUUUAAACAUUUGAACCAUUUGGAGGGAGAAAAUACCAAUUUAGAGGACAUCCGGGAAUUCUGGAACAAGAAGUCAAGGUUUAAUGGUCCACCAGAGCAGAAGGUUCUUUUACUUUGUGGUCCCCCAGGUCUUGGAAAGACAACACUUGCACAUGUAGCUGCUAAACACUGUGGCUACCGUGUUGUAGAGAUUAAUGCUAGUGAUGAUCGGUCAUCAUCAACAAUUGAAGCAAAAAUCCUUGAUGUAGUUCAGAUGAAUUCUGUCAUAGCUGAUUCAAAACCCAAGUGCUUGGUAAUUGAUGAAAUAGAUGGAGCUCUUGGUGAAGGAAAGGGUGCUGUUGAGGUUAUUCUAAAGAUGAUUGCUGCUGAAAAGAAAUCUGCAAUUGGAAAGGGUAAUAUUGCUCAAGAGGAACAAGGCAAGACUUCCUCCAAAAAGGGACGUAAAACUGCAUCACUGUUAAGACCUGUGAUUUGUAUUUGCAAUGAUCUUUUUGCACCUGCCUUGAGGCCAUUGCGCCAGGUAGCAAAGGUGCAUAUAUUUGUUCACCCAACAAUUAGCCGUGUGGUGAAUAGGCUUAAGCAUAUCUGUAAUAAGGAAGGGUUCAGGACAAGUUCUAUUGCACUAACUGCACUUGCUGAGUAUACUGAAUGUGAUAUACGCUCAUGCUUAAAUACACUUCAGUUUCUCAACAAGAAGAAAGAAACACUUAAUGUGUUGGAGCUUAGCUGUCAAGUGGUUGGCCGAAAGGAUAUGUCAAGAAGCGCUUUUGAUGUCUGGAAGGAGGUUUUCCAAAAGAGGAAAGUGAAACAGGAAAGAAAAUCCAUGAAUAGAUUCAGAACUACGUCAAGUAAUUUUGACUUUCUGGACUCCCUUAUAUCUAACCGUGGUGAAUACGAAUUGACCAUGGAUGGGAUUCAUGAAAACAUUUUACAGCUCCAUUAUCAUGAUCCACUGAUGCAAAAGACUGUCAAGUGCUUAAACAAUCUUGGCGUUUCUGAUUUCAUGCAUCAGUAUGUUAUGCAGACUCAACAGAUGCAACUACGAGUUUACCAAUCCUCUGUUGCAAUAGCAAUACACAAUUUAAUAGCUCAGGUUGAAAAACCAAAUAUUGAGUGGCCAAAAUCUUUUCAAAGAUACCGAGCAUUGUUCAUGGAAAAGAGGGAUCUUUUAAGGUCUUGGCAUCACAAAAUCUCACCAUCUAUCUCAAGGCAUUUGUCAGCUGGGUAUUUUGUAGAAGAUGCCAUUUCUCAAUUGUUACAUAUUUUGUCACCACCAACUCUGAGGCCGGUGGCCUUGCACUUACUGUCAGAGAGAGAGAAGGAUGAUCUGGCUCAGUUAGUUGAUACAAUGGUCUCAUAUUCUAUAACGUACAAGAAUACUAAACCUGAGCCUUUGUCAGCUAUCUCAAGACAUGAAACAUCGUUGGAUACCUCAGAACUUUCUUUUGAACCUCCCAUCCAUGACUUCAUUAACUUCAAGGGCUAUACAUCAGGACAUUAUGUACUACCUUUACCCAUGAAGCAAGUUCUGGUGCAUGAGGUUGAAAAGCAAAAGAUUCUGAGAGAAAGUGUCAUCAGAUCAAUACCCUCAAAUGAUGGAAACAAUUGCAGAAACCAGGCUUUACACCAAGAACAAAGUGACAAGGCACCCUCUUCCAAAAGAGAUGGUGCAGUGGAAUGCCAGUACAUGGAAAACGAAAAGGAUAAGUUGACUAAGACGCAGUGGAAGUUCAGUACUUCCAAAAGUCCAUCAGCCUUAGAUUCUGACAGAAGUGCCACAUCAGGCAUGAAACUGGCUACUUCUGAAGAUGUAAAGAGGCCAUCUGGUGGCUCUUCUAGCUUCUUUGACAGGUUUAGAAAGUCCAGAAAUGAAGUGCCAAAAAGUGCUAAUGAUUCUUUACAAAUGCCAGCAAAACUUGCGAGGGAUGCACAUCCUCUUCUAUUCAAGUUUAACGAGGGCUUCACGAAUGCAAUAAAAAGGCCAGUGCGGAUGCGUGAAUUGCUUCUUUGACAAAGGCAUGUUUAUUAAGAAUUAGGACUCGUGGAAUUCUUGACCUUUAUUUUUUGAUGUACCAUCUUGUUUCUUGAUAUCCUUCAGUCUCACCCUUGAUUGUUUAGCCUUUGUAAUUAUUCAAUUGUAUAAACGUAGCAUUCCCAAAUGUAUAUUGCCAGAUGUAAUAAUAUAUAGUUGAGUGACUUGAGUCUAAGACCCUGAUAUAUUCUAUUUGGGAACUGUUAAGACAUUUUCUCUUCUAAUUUC